CCUUACCGUUAAUAAGGCUUUGGGAACCAUAUUCUCUCUGCGGUCGCACUUCAUCGAAGUUAGCGUCCGUGCUUUCCUGUCUUCGGGGGUUGCAUUGUUUUGAUCUAUCCGUCAAUUUACGUUUUCAGUUCCGAGUCCCCUCUUUUUCAGAAUCGUAGAUUGCGAGGAGCGUAAGUAGGUUCGUGCCUGCUGCUUUCUCUUCUCCUAUCUGAAGCCCCAGGAAGCCCUGCUGGCGACCUCAAGCGUUCCGAAGUUCGCUACGACCGUGUCCUCAUUCUCUCUGGUUCUUCUCAGCUUUUAGAAAAUUGAUUCAGUAGCGGACGAGCCGAGGCUGCGGCCUCGGCUGCUAGCCAGGAGCGUGCUGCGCCGUAUUUUACUUCUAUCUGCCCGACGGAAAAAAUGCCCCCGCUAGCAGACCCCAUGCUCUUUGAUCCUUCUUUUGAGCUCACUAGUGCUCUCUGUGUGAAGUCUACAAAAUCAUGGUCUGUACAGAAAUCAUCCGACCUCUACCGUGUUGGUGGAUGGGGUGCCCCGUACUACAAGAUCAAUUCUCGCGGCAACAUGGCCGUACGACCCUUCGGUGCAAAAACUGCCCCCAAUGACGAGAUCGAUCUAAUGGAUACCAUCCGGGAGGUGGUGGCGAGCCAGGACAAUAUAACCAUGCCGCUGAUAAUCAGGUUCCCCGACAUUGUGAAGAAUCGGAUGGACACUUUGCAGUCAGCUUUCGACAGAGGCAUCGCACGUCACAGGUAUUCUGGACGAUUCCAGGGGGUUUUCCCUGUGAAAUGCAAUCCUGAUCGGUACCUAAUAGAGGAGAUUGUCUCCCAUGGUCGCUAUAUUAACUUCGGCCUUGAAGCCGGAUCCAAGCCCGAACUUCUACUGGUCAUGGCCGCCAUGUGCAGGGCCAGCAACGACGCUUUCCUGAUCUGUAACGGAUACAAGGAUGUCGAAUACGUGGAAAUGGCGCUGGUAGCCCGGACCAUGGGUCUGAAUACUAUGAUUGUUUUGGAGCAGUUGGAAGAGCUCGACAUUGUCAUUAAGGUUAGUAACCAGUUGCAAAUUCGGCCUGUCAUCGGUGUGCGGGCGAAGCUGAGUACCAAACAUGCAGGUCAUUGGGGCGAGACCUCGGGUGAAAAAGGAAAAUUUGGCCUGUCUACUUCCGAAAUUGUACAGGUUGUUAAACGAUUGCGGAAGGUGGAUAUGUCGGAUUGCCUGCAGCUCCUGCACUUUCACAUCGGUUCUCAGAUCCCAUCACUUUCCAUUGUUAGAGAGGGCGUUAGCGAGGCUGCGCACAUCUUUUGCGAGCUAGCGCUCAUGGGUGCCAACAUGAAUGUCAUUGACAUUGGAGGUGGUCUAGGCGUGGACUAUGACGGGACGCACUCUUCAUCCUCUGAUAUGUCUAUCGGCUAUAAUAUGGAGGAAUAUGCGGAAACGGUUGUCGAGGCCAUUAAGGAUGCAACCGUCCAGAAGAAUGUGAAGCAGCCUAUUCUAUGCUGCGAGAGCGGGCGUGCGCUCGUUUCUCACCACUCGGUGCUUGUAUUCGACGUUUUUUCGGCACACAAGAAUGGUGGGACUGGGUCCGACCGCGGCAUUUCCUACAACAUAGACGGUCUUCCUGAAGAGUUGAAGUAUCUGAGGGAUGAUUUUGCGAGGAGUCUUGACAAUGGGGACCCUGAGUGUAUCUUGAUGUGUGCGAAGAAGCUCAAGAACGAGAGCACCCGUCUGUUUAAGCAAGGAUUGCUUGGCCUCGAGGUUCGUGCAGCCAUUGACGAGUUGUUUGAAACGGUCUCUGUCUACGUUGGCCAGCAGAAAAAUGAUAGUUCCAUGAACCUCGUGAAUCAGAAUGGUUGUGAUGACCAAUGUAGACCUCGUGAAGCAGGAAGCGACAGUUCCGCAACUUAUCAUAUCAAUUUAUCCAUCUUCAAGUCCAUUCCGGAUAGUUGGGCCAUCGGUCAGCUCUUUCCAUUUGUACCUCUGCAUCGAUUGGAGAGUCAGCCGACUGAGAGAGUCAUCCUCUCUGAUCUCACAUGCGACAGUGACGGAAAGGUUGUGACUUUCAUAGGGAAUGACAAGUUCGGAGCGGAGACUGCGAAUCAUCUGCCCCUUCAUGAGCUUGAAGAUGACAAGCCCUAUUACAUGGGAAUGUUCCUAGGAGGAGCUUAUCAGGAGGUUCUUGGAAGUUUGCAUAACCUCUUUGGUAAUCCUCAUGUCGUUCACGUAGUGCCAUCGAAGAGUGCUGGCGGAGUCCGCAUAACAAAGUUUCUUCCUGGUCAGAAUCUGGCGAAUGUGUUGUGCGCAAUGAAUCAUGCGCCGCAAUUGAUGUAUGAGAACCUGAAAGAACGAGUUGACAAUUAUUUGCGGGAGGGUACCUUGGAGAAGGAGAACGCCGAAGUGAUACUGAUGUCCAGUUUCAGUUCAUACACAUAUCUUGCUCCAGAUAAGCACAGCCGUGCUUUCCAUCAGAACAAGUUCAUUUACUCUUAAGGCACCAGUUAUCGUGCCUUCUCAUAAGCUCCUUUUUUUAAAAAAUAUAUUAAUUUUUUCUUUUAGGUUUUUAAGUUUCGCUGUCCAGUUAUACAGAUUUAGGCAUGGGCUUUGCAUUCACCGUGGGAUUGACAGUGUCCAUGGUGUUCGGAGAUUAUUGUUUCUCGCCCAAUUCUACACAUUCAUUCUACCCAAUAGACGCUGCACUUUACCAAUUGCGAAGUUGUGUAUUUUGUCCUCUACGUUCACUUUCACAUUUUAUCGAAUUCGGCACGAAGUUUAAAGAAUGUUACCAUGCUCGCAAGAGUUUUUUUGAAA